AUGUUGUUAAGACACUUGGCACAUUUAUUUGCAGUAUUAUCACUACUGUGUUUUGUGUGGCUGCUGGGAGUUCAUGUGUGGGGUGCAGCCGGCCACCAGAUCGUCGCUACGAUUGCGCAAAUACACCUCCAUCCAGCUGUCCUCCCCGUACUUUGUGACAUUUUCUACCCACCUGACGUGUCUCUAUCCACUUCGUUGGCAGCCCCUCCUUGCCAUCUUUCCUCCAUCACUAUUACAAUAGCAGCGCUAUUCUCAGCUGUGCCGUAUGUGCGAGGUACCCCGGCAUAUCGCUGGACAUCUCCGCUGCACUACAUCGGUGCCGUCGACGACCACCCCAGCGAUGCCUGCGAAUUUCCUGGCGAGCGCGGCUGGAACGGGCGGCGCAACAUGAACGUGCUCGCUGCCGUUAACAACAAGACCGCCAUGUUGGGCGAGUUCCUCGACGGCGAGCGAAGUUGGCACGAAGGCGAGGAGGCGCUCAAAUAUCAUAUGCCGCUGCAUCUGACAGGGAGGGAGAGGGGAGGGAACGGCGUGAAGGUGACGUUCGAUGGCCGUGUUACCAACUUAAAUUCCGUCUGGGAUAAUCUGCUCGUCGCGCAGGCUCUCCGUACUGUUUCCUCGAAGUAUACCCGUCCUCUCGCGGGAGCUCCUGGCGUCGAGGCCAACCUGCGGAACGCAAUCUAUGACCCAUACAUCCGCCGAAUAAUGCAUGAAGGCUUUGGCAUCGGUGCUGGAACAUCUGAAGGCAGCGGCCGUUUCGACGAGGUCGACGAAUGGCUCAGCUGCCCAGCAGAUAUCCAAUCUCCCACAAACGAACCGUCUUUUGUCUGGAGAGCGAUAGCACAGCUGGCGCAGAAGCUUCAGCGUAUGAUAGGUUUCGACGAUCCGAGCUUGCGGGUGCAGAAGCGCGAUCGUGCAAUGAGGCCAAGGCAUCAUCCAGGAACGGCGAAGCAGAGCUCUACCUCGGGAUGGCUAUGGUGGAGCCAGGGAGAGGGGGACCGCUGGGACGACGAAGUGCUCUGUCCCUAUGCGUGGGCCAGCGAGAUCCACAAACUCAACUGCGAGCUUCCCGUGUGGCCCGUUGAGCUUGACGCGAAUUCAUCUGCAGCUUUUCAUAGCUGCAGUGGCGAAGAUUCCGAUGCUGAAGUGGAGGGGAAACCGCGUCCGCACCCUGACCUGCUCGAGCUCGAUACGCCAAAUUAUGUCGGGAACAUCCGUACGCAAUGGGUCCUCGAGCGUCUGCUGGCAAUGGCGGGCAUCCGGCUUGCGGGGAUUCUGAAUGGCCUCGUCCUGGGUUCCGACCCUGAGAUGGAAGAUAUCUUAUUGUCUCCGGGGAGGAUUCAGUUGUGAUGUAUGCGGCAUAGAAGUACUUGACAAUGAUAGGAUGAGUGGCGCGUCUCUGCAUAUUGUAUUUGUAUUUGGGCUGUACAAGUUGUCUGUUGCUCGAGUAGCAUUUGGAUAUCGGAUUAAAGAUACCACUUGAUACUUUUUUUUUUGCCCAGAAUUGAGCUGAAUGGAAUGUU